CCUCACUUGCCCCCGGGCCCCUCUCACUCUCUCUCCCUCCUCGGCCUCACUUGCCCCCGGGCCCCUCUCACUCUCCCCUCUCUCCUCCCGGGCUCCGGCCCCUUUACCUCGGGCCCCCCGCGCUGUCCGUCCAUCCAUCCAUCGCCGGCGCUGGACGAGCAGUAUAGGUAUCAUGGCUACAAACAUGCAGCAAAGACCAGUGACGGAUUCAGCCCAAUCAUUCGGGAUAUGGAUGCCUUCAAUUUCAACUGGACAUAAUUUUGGAAGAAGUGAUCAGAGUAGAACACAGUUGUAUAAGACUCAGUUAAAAUUUAAUAGAGACGUGAUGAAUGCUGUGUCCAACCUGGCUGUGAAAUUCACGGACCCUCGCCCGAUUGUCAUUGAGAAACUCCGCCAGCCUUGUGAGACACAGGUACGCGACGAUGCCCAAAGUCUACGCAGUUCUUUGCAAUUUUCUGCCGUGUCCGAAGACAGACUGAAUAUGGCUGUUCAGCUGGCAAGGAGAGACCUGCGGAAAAAGCACCUGGAAGAACAAGUGAAAGAUUACCUGUACAAUCAUGAACGAGACCAGCUGCAGGCUUUGUUGUGUACAAAUCUUGGGAAAGGCAAAUCGGUCGACAACACUGCACGCGUUAUGAGUAAAGUGGAAGUAGAAAACAUGAGGAAGCCGAGGCACCAGAGGAGCCAAGCUGCAAAGGAGGAGUUGACCAGGUCCGGUGCCAGAGUAUACAUUUAUACCUCUAACCAAAGCCAAGGCAGAUCUGAGCUCCGCGACUCACCGCCAACGCAUGACCCAGGCCCGCACUUGAAUCAGCGUAACUCGGGCAAUAAGAGCGCAGAGGAGAUUCGUCGCCUGAGAUUAGAGCUCGGCAAGUACUUUCAGAAAAUCGAAGAUCUUACCAAAAAAGGGAAAUCUGUGGAUACCCUGGAUCCUGAUGAAGACCACCGAAGGCAAGUAAAACGACAGGAACAGGCCACUCGUGCCACGAGGAUGCUGUACGUUCUGCAGCAGCAAAUAAACGGAAUACAGGAACUUGUAGAGAAACAAAGCUUACAAAAGGUGAAACACACCAAAAAGUCUCAAGCCAUGUCCCAGUUAGCAGCCGUACACAGAGGUGCCGUCCGUGCCUUACAGAUGUUUGUCGGUCAACUUUCCGGGCAAUCCGAGCUGCACAUUCCUGCCUACUACAAGGAUCUGGGGCAGUUGAUUCGGCAGCUUUCUCUCUGUUCUGCCAGAUUAGAAAAUGACACAGACUCUUCCAUGCCGGAGACAGUUGUUGAUAUCCUUCAACAAGUCGAAGGUUUGGAUUCGCUGCUUGGGAAGCAACAUGCUCAAGAGAAGUCGAAUGCAAUGCCACCGAAAGCCCAAUGUGUUUCUGCACCAAGCAGAAAAAGAUCCUCGGGUCGGCACAGAAGCUGCUCUGCUGAAGGAGGGCAAAUAUCACCCAUCGUCAAGGAGAAUGUUUUGUCUGCUCCCGAAGAAUUGCCCCCACUUAGGACCGAUGAAACUUGGCUUGUUCCUGAAUAUUCCAGACCCCAGCAGAGCAGUAGAGAGUGCCUGUCAGCCCGUCUGGAACAGCAGCAGCAGGAAGACCCUCCAACUCCUGAUAGGAAUGCUGCACUGAGGGCUGGAUUAGAAACCUUACAGCGCCUUGGAGACGUGAAAAAGUCUGCUACCGAGAAAAUACCCACUAAGAAAGGAGUGCUGCUGCCAUACCAGCAGAAACAGAAGAAGACACUUGCAAUCCGUACCUGCUUUCAGAAAGCGACGGUAUCUUCAGAACUAAAAAAGAAUCCGGCACCAGUUAAAGACAGCAAGCCUCCUUUGACUCCAGGAUGUCCGAACCCUAUUCCUAUGUCAUCUAAACAAAUCCCACUGAAGAAACAGAGACCAAGAUUGGGAGGCCACCCAUCUAUUCCUACAGAGAGCAGUCAAACUAAUUUGUUGAAGGAGAUGGAGCAAGACCGACAAGCUGCUGCAGGGAGCGAAGCAAUCAGGUUGACAUGGCUUGAUAUCGAGACUGCCCGGAGGAUGAGGGAACUGAAUGAAAUCUGCCAACAAGAAACUGACAGAAUAAAAAAAAUAAGGUCUGAAACUGCAGUCCCCAAUAAAUUGAUUGAGAAAGCAGAGGAGGAAAUUCGUGAGAGGCUUCAGCCCUUGCUGGAUAAAGCACAGAUCAUAAGUGAUUCUUGGGAGAGGAAAGCUCGAAAUAAUAGCUCUUCACUACAACAACAUCUAUCGUUAAAAGUUGCUGAUAGGGCUGCAGCCAGUGCUGACGUCCUUGGUGAGAAGAUAUUGGAUGAGCUGCUGGAGGACACAGCGCAAGAAUUACUGAGUCUGGACUCGAGAGCAAAGGUUCGUUCAGAAGCUUUGACGAUGCAAGACGGCCCUACGCUGGAGAUCAUGCUGCAAAGGAUGGAAGAAAUGGAGAGAUACGAAGAGUCGGUUCGCAGAAGAAUGUGUCAGAUUGAAUACUCCGAUCCUGUUUUCUGGGCUGAGGAAGGAAAGGAAGAAAGAGAGUUUGUGCUGAUCGACACACAACCGCGUGCUCCACAGCCAAUUAGGAUAAGCAGAAGCGUCGUGCCAGGUGACGUUAUGAUAGACCUAAUGGAUCCAAGGUGUUCAGAAGCUGAACCUCUUGAUGACUUGGAAUGCAGUGGCAGGCCGGAGCCUGCAUCGGUGUUGGAACCUUUGGUGCAGAGGCUAUCCAAGCACGGACAGAGUGGCACUGUUCUUGCCGUUCCUCCAAAAUUGGUUCAGAAUAUGCACAACUAUCGUGAAAGAUUCAACCUCUACCUAAAGAUGAUCUCGCAUGAACCUGUGGGAAAGUUUAACCCGUGGUUAAUUGCUGAAAGCUUGUCUGAAGAGCUCAUGGAAGGAGGAUUGAGUGAAGUUGCAACUGAGUUCCAGGAUGCAUGUGAAGAUUACGCAGAAGCCUUGUUCACUGCUGAGUUCAUGCAGCCUGUCGAGCAGGAGAGCCGAGCCAAGCAGGAGUGAUGCGCUGUGUGAAUUCACCAAAGAAAACUAUAAACUGGCACUAAAUAUAAUGUGUGCAUAAUACGUGGAAUGCGCAUCACAAAUUUGCUUCUUGAGCCGAUUGAUAAGUUUAAUCCUUUGUGUAACACUUAUGUGGUUUAUCUUCGCCUUGGCAUAAACUUAAACGAUUCAUGCU